AUGUCUACAAGAAAAAAAAAUAUUCUUAAAGUCAUAAUACUGGGGGAUUCUGGUGUUGGUAAGACCUCACUAAUGCAUAGAUAUGUUAACGAUAAAUAUUCUCAACAAUAUAAGGCAACAAUAGGUGCCGAUUUUUUAACGAAAGAGGUCAAUAUAGAUAGCGAUAAAAUCGCUACUAUGCAAGUUUGGGAUACAGCAGGUCAAGAAAGAUUCCAAUCUUUAGGUGUAGCCUUCUAUAGAGGUGCAGACUGUUGUGUGUUAGUCUAUGAUGUAACGAAUACAAAAUCAUUUCAAAAUAUAAAAUCUUGGAGAGACGAAUUUUUGGUUCAUGCAAAUGUCUCAUCUCCUGAAACUUUCCCAUUUGUUUUAUUAGGUAAUAAGAUCGAUGCAGAUGACUCAAAGAAAGUGGUUAGUAACAAAGCUGCUCAGGAUUUAGCAGCAUCCUUAGGUAAUAUCCCAUUAUUUUUCACUAGUGCAAAGACUGCUAUCAAUGUAGAUACAGCAUUUCAAGAAAUUGCACGUAGUGCUUUACAACAAAAUCAAAAUGAUGCUGACGCCUUUGAAGAUGAUUUCAAUGACGCUAUAAAUAUUCAACUAGAUAACGAUACUAAUUCUUGUAGUUGUUGA